AGUUUUAUUCUGUGUACACGAAGAGACAGACGUGUAAAUCGCGCAAAAAAAAUAAAUUUCGCGGUAUUGUGAUUAUCAGUCCGUGAAAGAAGCAAAAGAAAACACGUGAUACUUGUAAACUCAAUUUUACAUCGUGCAGAAUAAUUGUCAAAGAAGAAAAUAAAUUUUUGUGACAACAACAAUGUAAGAAGUGAACUGUUACGAAAGAAUUAAUUGAUUAAAAGUUCACAACGACUUAAAAAAUUCUCCGAUUUGCAUGAAAAUAAGAAAAAGUUGAAUGAAUGCAACAACAACAAACCGCGAGUAAAAAAGAGAAAAUUUCGCUACAUCGCGAAAAAUAAAACCGAAGUGAUCGAACACACAACAAGAAACAACAAAAGUAUAAGAAAGGUUAAACGAUCAACACUAACGUGCGGUGAUUUACGGGAAAUAAGAAAAAAACUCGUGAAGAAAGCUUGAAAGAAGAUGUUAAAUAAAAAUAAGAUUAAUGAAAAUGAGCAUGACGAGCAAAACCGAAAGGUCGGUCCAGCAGUGCAUGAAUUAGUGGAGCUCAUAAUUGAAUAAAAAGAAAUAAAAUAAAUAGAAGCAAAAAUUGAUCUCAAUAAAAGAAAAGGAAUUGAUAAAGUAAUUGAGCGGAAAGAAGAAAAAAGAAAUUAAAUGAAAGUUCAGUGAAAAUCAAAAAUAUAAAAAUUUGAAUUAAAAAG